GCAGAAAUUCCAGUCUCAUCUUUCGAGUUGGCCUGGAAAACAGAAGAAAAAUCCCCCUCAGAUGUUUAGGUGGUUUUCAGAGCUCGUGAAGAUAUUGUCAGUGAAGUGAAUAGAGUGUUUAUUUGUUGAUGAUUUUCCCAGGAAUGUGCUCAAAAUAGGUGGUUGAGAAGUGAGAUAAAAACAUGGCAACAUUGCUGACAUUUCGUGUGUUUAUGUGGAAAGCGCUGAAGGAAAAGCAAUUUUCCUGGAAGUUUGUGCUUAUUUUUGUUUACCUCCUGCCAUGCCUAGUCACAGGGUUACUCCUAUUUUCCUCUCACUCCGAGAGAUCCAUCAGUUCUCACGAGUUCGAUGCACUAGAUACGGAAACCCUGGCAACGUACUUCCCCGGAGGAGUACAUGAUAGUGUCUGCUUUACGCCCGACACACCUUUCUUCAGUGACUUAAUAGAGCGUGUCCGCUUUAAAUUGGGAAUUCUCUAUGAAAGGGUCCAUGGCUUUCCCACUGUGCACCAAAUGAACAGAUUCGUGGAAUCAAAUAACCAAGGCAAGAUUUAUGCCAUCAUAUUCAACAGUCCGGGAAACAGUUCAAUGGAAUUCAAUUAUACCAUCCGGAAUCGAAAUAUGGGUGUGAAUUUCGACACGCAGCAAUUCUACUUGAAUGACAUCAAGAGAAUCAACAAUCGAGUGACUGAUGAAUACAUUGAAAGUGGCUUUCUGGCACUUCAGCAGAGUAUCGAUAGCAUUUACAUUGAGCUUAUCACCGGAAGAACAAACUUUGCGAGUGAAAUUGAACACUUCCCAGCACUCUCGAGAACGCAAAUUAGCAACAUUGACGUCGUGGUAUUUGGAACAUUUUUCGCUCUUCUUCUCUUCAUGACGUCGACCUAUAUAAUUCUAAUACCGCUUGUGGAGGAGAAAGAAUGUGGCGUAAAUGCACUCUUGAGGAUUGUUACCAAAUACUUUUACUUCAAUGAUGUCACAAGAUUCAUUGUGAAUUUCAUUCUGUGCAUUGUCUUUCUGAGUAUUGCCUUUGUCAUGACAGUUUGGUGCAACUUAUGGGAAACUAUUCAACUUCAGUAUCCACUCUUUCUCAUGAUCCUCUUUCUGAUUGCAAUUAUGAGCUACAGCUGUUUUAUCAGUUUAUUUUUUCAGACAGUGGAAUAUGCAAAAAUCGGAGGGAUUCUCUUCUAUCUCGUGCCCUUCUGUGUCAUUUUCUUCUACUCAGACAAUGUCUUUAUCAAUAAAUUGGAGUACAUCUUCUGUGGGAGUCUCUUCCUGAAUGGCAUGACGAUUUUCGGGAACUACGUCUCAACUGGACAUGUUUUUGAUGUCAAAAGUCUGACCAAGAGUGCAUAUCUUGGAGCAGAAAAUGAUCAUUUCUCAAUGGGAAGCAUCUACGGACUACUCUUGCUUAAUUCUUUUGUCUACCUGGGACUCUACUUUGCCCUGGAGAACUUCCAAAUUUGCGAAUACAUCAAGUGUUUCUUCUGCGGAGUGAAAAAUUGCUGGGUGACACCAAAAGUGAAAAAUGGGCCUGUACAGCAAAUUGGCCUGCAAAAUUUGCAGGAGAGUGAAAAUGCUGUUGAGAUAAGCAAUUUGAGUAAGGUAUUCUAUUCAUUUAGGGGAAAGCACAAAGUGGCUGUGAAUAGGGUAUCAUUGGAGAUUCCUAAGAGGCAAAUAACAGCUCUCUUGGGGCACAAUGGUGCCGGAAAGACCACAACAAUGUGCAUGAUUAUUGGGACGCUGAGUCGAACGGAUGGUACAAUUAGUGUUGAGGGUCAGACAGAGGCGAGAAAGUAUCAGAAAAUGAUUGGAUACUGUCCACAGAAGAAUGUUUUUAUCAAAUAUUUUACAUGUUUGGAGCAUGUGAUAUUUUUUGGACGUUUAAGGGGUUUGGAUGAAGAAGAAGCACGCCAGGAGAGUGAAAAGAUUCUCAAUGAGGUGAAACUUUUGCCAAAGGGUAGUUGUCAUCCUAAGAAACUUUCGGGUGGAAUGAAGAGAAGAUUGUGCCUAGCAAUGGGAGUUAUUGGGAAUACAAAAAUUGUGAUAUUGGAUGAACCGACAUCGGGAUUGGAUCCGGAGAGUCGUAGGGAAUUGUGGGAUGUAUUGUUGGCACUGAGGAAGGAACGAGCUGUUCUUAUAACUACCCACUAUAUGGAAGAGGCAGAUAUUCUUGGGGAUAAAAUUGCAAUUAUGGAGAAUGGGCAUAUUGUGUGUCAUGGAACGAGUUUGGAACUCAAGAGAAAAUAUACUUCGGGGUAUAUUUUGAAAGUUAUGGCAGCCAGUAAGGAAUUUUCGCCCAAUGUUACGGAGGAUUUUGUGAGAAAACGUAUUCCCAAUGCUAGAAUUAAGUCACACAUUGAGCCAACAUUGAUAAUUUCUUUGCCGUACAAAAAUGAAAAUAGUUACUCGAAGAUUCUGAGUGAGUUGGAGAAUGGAAAGGGGGCAUUAGCUAUAGAUUCAGUUAGUAUUACCAAUGCUACACUUGAGGAGGUUUUCUUGAGUUGUGCAGAUAGGGAGAGAAAGGAUGUUGUUGUGAAUGUUGGUCAGAGUGCACAGGGAUGCGAUGAAGUUGAUUCAAUUGAUGGAUAUCAUCCAGUUGGUGAGUCAGAUGCCAUUUUGACCCAUAGAAGAUCCUGUGGGACAAAAUGUCAGCAAAUCUGUGCGAUUAUUGAUAAGAAAUUCAACUAUCUCUGGAGAGAUAUUAUCUAUUCGGGAAUUAUGUUUGUCAUUCCCUUUAUUGCUCUGAUCCUUUCAUUCAUUCUCAUCCGAAUGUCUGUGACUAAAAUGGAACAGACAGAACUUAUAAUGAAUUUUUCUGGCUAUCGAACACCCCAAAUCCAUCUUACAGUCCCAAAUGCUACCAACACAGAGUUGGAGAGAAGGCUUUUGGAGACUUUUGAGAGAGUGGCCAGGGAGCAAAAUGUCCAAUUGACAAGGCAUACAAAUCGAAAAAUUGAAGAGAUACUAAUGUAUCAGGAAUUGCAGGAUCGUAUCAAUUUCUAUGAGAAUAUUGUGGCAGGAUUUGAAGUAUCUCUGCUCAAUGGUCAAGAACCACGAGUGAAGAUUAUGUACUCGGGUAAUGCUCUUCAUAGUUCGGUAAUGGCUCAGAAUCUUGUGUCCAAUGUUAUGCUACAAACAGUUCGGGGUCAUAGGGCAUCAAUUGAGACACGAAGUGUUCCACUUUUGCGCAAAGAUAUCAAGAUAAAUCGUUAUCACAUGAAUUUCUAUGAAGCUCUAAUGCCCCUUGGAUUCUUCAUCUACAUUCUCUACUUUGUCGGUGCACCAUUUACAGAAGAAGCUACAGAAUUCAAAACUCUUCACUGUACCAAUGCCUGCAUCUACUGGAUGACAACUUUUCUCUUUGAUCUGACUGUUCAUGUUUGUAUUUGUACUGGGAUUUUCAUUGUGGCCAGUCAAUGGAUUGAUCGGGCGGGAAUUCUUUCAGCUGAAGUUCAUUUGAAGUUAACCCUAAUCUACAUCUUCUACGGCAUGGCUAUGCUACCAUUCAUCUACAUCCUGACCAAAUAUUUCCGAAGUAUGGAAAAUCUGUAUACUUUUGUCUCAUACCUCGCUCUAUUUGCUGUCAUUUUGAGCCAAUUACUAUCCACGUCUGACGAUAAGAUCCGGGAAUAUGUUUACUGGAGUCAAGCAUUUCAUAUCUUUCCGGAUUUUGCCAUGAGGCAUACAAUAGCUCUGGUUAUUGUGGGAUUUUUCUCAAAUGCCAAACCACAGGAGCAAACUGUGCAAAUUGAUCAGAUGAAUCCCUUUCCUGUGUCCAGUGAUUCUGGACCCUAUGACAUCACAUUCUAUUUUGUUGCCAUGACUAUGCUCAUGCUAAUCUACCUCUUCUAUUUGAUCAAUUUCUGCGAAAAUAUCUACUUUGGCCGAAGUUUUGUCAAUUUCUGGAUGAAAAUGAAGAAGCGCAAGGGACAGCAAAAGAAGAUUUCCAAGAGAUCAGUAGAUGCUGUUGAUUCGCCAGUUCGUGUAAAUGCCGAGGAUGAAGUAGAUGCCGAUGUGAGGAAUGAAGAGACAGAAACAGAAAAAUGCGAACAAGAGCAGAAAUUUAAUGAUUUUGCAAUGGUAGUGAGGAAUCUCGAGAAAGAAUUUCCCAAUGGAACAAUGGCAGUUAAGAGGCUGAAUUUUAGGGUGCACAAGGGUGAAUGUUUUGGUUUGUUGGGAAUGAAUGGAGCCGGCAAGACUACAACAUUCAAAAUGAUGACACUCAAUGAAAGUAUCACAAGAGGAAGUAUACAUCUCAGUCACAUGAAUAGUGUCACUAAUGCCAAUAACUACAAACUUUCCUAUGGUUAUUGUCCACAAAUCGAUGCCCUACAUACAGCCCUAACAGCUACAGAGACCCUAAAGUAUUUUGGUCGAAUGAGGGGAAUUCCAUCGGGUCCAGAACUCGAUAAGGAAGUUGAUGUAUGGCUCAAGAGAGUUGAUCUUGAUGAUUAUCGCAAUGUUCAGGUCAAAUACUAUUCCGGAGGGACAAAACGCAAAUUAAAUACAGCCAUUGCCAUGAUUGGAUCUCCCGAUGUCAUCUUUCUGGAUGAACCAACAACGGGAGUUGAUCCAAUUUCACGACGACGUAUCUGGGAGUGUAUCAAUGAGCUGAAGAAACGCAAGAAAACCAUCAUUCUAACGUCCCACAGUAUGGAUGAAUGUGAACAAUUGUGCAACAGAAUAGCCAUUAUGAAUGAUGGACAUUUACAAUGUAUUGGACCAACACAGAAGCUCAAGGAUAAAUUUGGCCAUGGAUUUACGCUGGUGCUAAAAAUGGUCAAAGGCUGUGAUGCAGUGAGUGAUCUCAAGGAGGAUAUAACUGAGAAAUUUCCCGAUAGUAUUUUGAGGGAAGAUCAUGCAGACAUACUCAAGUAUCAUGUCACUGAGGGCAAUGUCUGCUGGUCCAGAGUUUUUCAGAGGCUCGAAGAGCUACGGGAACAAUUUCCCAGCACAAUCAGUGACUAUUCAGUGUCCGAAGUGUCUCUUGAGGACAUUUUUCUACACUUUGCGCAUCGCAAAGCUUAAUUUACCCCCUUCUUUUUUACACUUUAUAAUCACUCUCGAAUCCUUGAGAAUCUCACUGUAUUCACAGCGUACCUGACCAGAUGAUCUGUUUUUUUUUUAUUUACUGUAACCUAUUAAUUUUGUUUUAUUAAAUCUACACUUAUUUACCCUUAAUAACUAUAAAGAAAAAAAUAUGGCAUACACAAUUUUUACGGUUUACUGUGAAUAAUCUUUGCAGACAUGCAACAUAGAACUUUUUGAAAAAGCUUGGUAAAAUAAUAAUUUUAGGCCACGCCCCUUCAAAGUACUCGCAACAUUUUUUUUUUGUAUCUUUAUUGUAUGAUGAAAAAGAGAGACAUGAAACGACACACGGAAAAAAUUCAAGCCCUAAUUUCGUAGAGAACAACGGAUAAUACGGAUAAGACUUAGAGGAGAGGUAAGGAGUAAACAUUAAGGUAAAUGUCCUAAUUCAAAACCAUUUCUAUACGCUUUAACUUUGACAGAAGAUUCAACACAUUAAGUUCAUAUUUUUUCUGAAGAGAAUUACAUAAAUUUGCUCCUUGACUCUUCUUGAAUGUUACUGUUUAGUGAAAAUUCUUUAGAUAUAAUUUAAAAACUUCUUAAAUACAAAAAAAAAGUGUAAAAUGCUUCUAUUGGAAACAUAUUAAUCCAAAUGGAGACAAGGGAAAGUUUCUAAUUGGAGACAAACAGUGUAAGUGAAACCGCAACGAAAGGCUUCCAAAACCUUGUUGAGUUGCUCUUGAGUGGAGGAUUUGUUCUUAUUCCUUGUCUUUUCUCCUUUCUCAU